GGUGGUGCUCAGGCGGCAGAAGCGCGGCGCCUGCUGCUCUUGAGGGAAGGCGAGGCUGCGCGGGGCGCCGGGGUUGGCCAUGGCCGAGGUCAACGGUGUGCCGUCCUGCCGGCGCUUCACCUGGGAGGAGAUCAAGCCCCGCUCGGGGAGGUCGGAGGAGCGGUGGCUGGUCAUCGAGCGGAAGGUCUACGACAUCAGCCAGUUCCACAAGCGGCACCCGGGGGGAUCCCGCGUGAUCAGCCACUAUGCGGGGCAGGACGCCACGGAUCCCUUCACAGCAUUCCAUCUGGAGAAGUCUGUGGUGAGAAAAUACAUGAAACCCUUGCUCAUUGGAGAGCUUGCAGAUGACCAGCCCAGCUUUGAACCCAGCAAAAAUAAACAACUUACAGAGGACUUUCGUGAACUGCGUGCUACUGUGGAAAAGAUGGGGCUCCUGCAACCUGACCGUCUCUUCUUCUUCUUGUACCUUGUUCACAUCGUGGUGCUGGAUGUGGUUGCUUGGCUCAACAUGUGGUACUUUGGGGCCUCCUUGCUGCCUUUUCUCUUCACUGGAUUGCUGCUUGGCACUGUCCAGGCCCAAGCUGGUUGGCUUCAGCAUGACUUGGGACACCUCUCAGUCUUUGGCAAGUCAAAGUGGAACCAUUGGGUUCACAAAUUUGUGAUUGGACAUCUGAAGGGGGCUCCAGCCAGCUGGUGGAAUCAUUGGCAUUUCCAGCACCAUGCUAAACCAAACUGCUUCCGCAAGGACCCUGAUCUCAACAUGCAUCCUUUGAUUUUUGCCUUGGGAAAAAAGCUCUCUGUGGAGCUUGGUAUAAAGAAAAAGAAAUUUAUGCCUUACAACCAUCAGCACAAAUACUUUUUUAUCCUUGGACCACCAGCUCUGGUGCCUUUCUACCUCCAGUGGUAUGUCUUCUACUUUGCUGUCCAGCGCAAGCAGUGGGCGGACCUCGCCUGGAUGGUUACUUUCUAUAUCCGGUUCUUUCUAACAUUUUCAUUUUUUCUGAAUCUGAAGGGCCUUAUUGGGCUUUUUCUCCUGGUCAGGGUCAUUGAAAGUCACUGGUUUGUCUGGGUGACCCAAAUGAACCACAUCCCGAUGAAUAUUGAUUACGACCAAAAUGUGGACUGGGUAUCAACUCAGCUCCAGGCAACAUGCAAUGUAGAUCAGUCCCUAUUCAAUGACUGGUUCAGCGGGCACCUCAACUUUCAGAUUGAGCAUCACCUCUUCCCUACUAUGCCCCGGCACAAUUAUUGGAAAGUUGCCCCCUUGGUGAAAUCGAUAUGUGGAAAAUAUGGCAUCGAGUACCAGUCUAAGCCCUUGCUGAAAGCCUUUGCAGACAUUGUAUACUCGCUGAAGGAUUCAGGGGAGCUGUGGCUGGAUGCCUACCUGAAUAAAUAAGAAGCUUGCGGUGUCGUCUGGGGAGGGUGGUGUAGAUCUCCGCAUCCUUGCUGCCUCCUGCAAGUCAAGAGAACAAGGCCCUGCUUUAACUGGAGUGGGCAGCUGGGAGAGCCAAAUCCUGAGUGUAAUAUUUUGAGGUGAUGUUUUCCUCCCCCAUCCUUUUACUUCAGCAAAGCCUCCUUUCUCCUUUUGAAGAAGAUAACAGAGAUGUCCUUUUAGAAACUCACAUCCACAAAAAUGAAGGACUCCAAGGCCAGGAAGCAAGGCCAACAAAUUUCCCCGGUGCCAUUUCACUGAACUUUGUAUGCUGAAGGUGAAUGUGGAUGUGGAAAUCACUAAGAUUUUUGCUGCCUUGAUGUCCAUUUGGUUUUGCUCCCUCCCAGAGUAAAAUGAACAAAGAUAUGGGGAAAAUGUGAUGAAUGAGGCAGAGAGGAUGAGAAAAAAAUUGUGCAGAUGAUUAUAAAGAGACCUACUGGUUGAGAAUAUGGGAUUUUACAUGGCAGGGGUUGGACCAGAUAGUACUUGUGGUAACUUUCAACUAUAUGAUUGUAUCAGAGUAGGGUGUUUGGAUUUGGAGAAAGGUAGGAAGGAGGCUACAAAAGCCAAAUUCAGUGGAUAGCCUUAUGAGAACUGCCAAAUUAAAUAAGCAUGAGUCCUUAAAGAGUGGCCUUACCCUUGUCAUUGGGGGAGGAAUUUGCAGUUUUUGCUGUGAAAAUUAUUAUAUUCCUGGUUAUAUUUCCUAUGUAAACAAAAUGUGCCAGAGUUAUUGAUGUGCCAACAUGGGACCACUGUUGACAAUAAAGAAUGUUAAAUGAUG